GUUCGUAAGCACGGGCCCAAAGAAGAAGUCGUUAGGUCGCCAGUCGUCAGUUAUCAGUCGCCAUUCGUAGCCAUCGGUAGUUCGGUAGUCGCAGUCGCAGUCGAAGUCGCAGUAGCAUCUCGUUGAGCGUUACGUUGAUUUAUUGACGAAGCAGCAAGGACGAAUUCCCGUAAUCCCGUGUGCUCCUAAAUUAUUAAUAAGCCCUCAUCGUGCCCGCUCACUGGCAAAUAACAAACAACAACAAAAAAAGCAACAAAAAGCAACAACAACAACGACAACAAGAACCAACAUCAACAAUAUAAAACGUGCCAAUAUUUUACAGUUAACAAUUGUGAGCAGCUCGUGAAGCAGCAAAAGCCGUCAAAAUUUCGAAAACAUCGAAAAUGGUCUUUGAUUGUGGAGUUUGGUGUGCAAAGUAUUUGCUUUGCAUAUUUAAUUUUAUAUUUUUUGUACUAGGCACAAUCAUAUUCGGCGUUGGACUAUGGCUGGCCGUGGACAAGCACUCGCUGAUUGCUCUCCUCAAGCUGGUCGAGAGCGAUAACAUUGAGAAAUUUACACAACCUCAGGUCAUAGAGCAACUGGCCUAUGUGCUUCUCGUCAUUGGAGCCAUCAUGUUCUUUAUGAGCUUCUUGGGCUAUUUGGGUGCCAUGCGAGAGUCCCGCUGUCUGCUAUCGACGUAUGGAACAUUUUUGAUAUUACUUUUGAUUGCUGAAAUCGUCGCCGGUGGAUUGGCCGCCUUCUAUAAGGAUAAGGUCCGCUCGGAGAGCAAAAACUUCCUGCAGACAACAAUCACAAGCUAUUCGAUUGGUGAGAAUGUCGAUGCCACCUCAUUGAUGUGGAAUCAGUUGAUGAGCAACUUCGGUUGCUGCGGCAUCAACGACUACCAUGACUUUGAUGCCUCGGCGGCGUGGCAAGCCAGCAAGGGGAACCGCACCAUUCCGGAGGCCUGCUGCAUGCUGAAGGAAGUGAGCAAAUUGUUGCCACGCGACGAGGACUGUGUGACCAAUCCCAGUGACAGCAACAGUUACUACAAGAAGGGCUGCUACGAGGUAUUCGCCGAUUGGUUGAUUGCUCAACGUGAACUGAUCAUUGCCGUGAUUGUUGUUGGAAUCGUCCACUUGAUCUUGAUUAUCUUAGCCUUUGCGCUGUGCAAAGCAUUUGCCAAAUACAACGAUAUGCGUCUGUAAAUGACCCCAAAGCAAACCGAGGAAUGAAUCAAUCAAAAAAUUAAAUGAAAUGAAA